UUAAAAUUCAAAACCUUAGAAUAUGUGAAUCCCCAAGCUGGCUUAAUAACCAGAGACGAUGACGAUGUCGUUGUCGUCUUUUCUGAAAAACCCUAGAAUUGUUGUUAAGUUGAGGCGACGAGCGUGGGAUCUCGAUCGGAGGUUACUAUUGCUCAUUCUCUUCCCAAUCUCUCUUCUGCUCGUCAUCGCCUCCCUCUCUCCCUUCUCCGCCGCCGUCCGGUCGAUCCUUGGCGGUUUUGCCUCGCCGCCGCCUGGGAAUGAAUCGACGACAUUGAGGCGCUCCAGGAUCGCCGUUUGCUUGGUAGGUGGGGCGCGGAGGUUCGAGCUCACCGGGCCGUCCAUUAUCCAGAAUAUUCUCGGUGUGUAUCCCAACUCUGACCUUUUUCUUCACAGUCCUUUGGAUUCGAAUGCGUACAAGCUCUCCCUGCUCAAAUCCGCCCCUAGAAUCGCCGCCGUGAAAAUCUUUAAGCCCACGCCGAUCGACGAGACCGAGGCGCGAAGGCGAGUUCUCACGGCGGCCUAUUCGCCCAAUGGCAUUCAGGGCUUGUUACAGUAUUUCAACUUGGUAGAAGGUUGCCUGACAAUGAUUGAAGACCACCAGCGUAAGAAUAACUUCACUUACGACUGGAUUAUUCGGACCCGAGUCGACGGAUACUGGUCCGGUUCCCUCAGGGAAGACCACUUCAUUCCGGGCCGGUACGUUGUCCCAUCCGGUUCAUCAUACCGGGGAUUGAACGACCGUUUCGGCAUCGGCGAUUUCAAUACCUCAACGGCGGCUCUCUCCCGCCUGUCCCUAAUCCCCCAGCUCGACGCCGCCGGAUAUAAGCUCUUGAACUCGGAAAAUGCAUUCAAGGCCCAACUGGAAACCCAGAAAGUUUCGUAUUCGGUUCGCCACGUCCCCUUCUGCGUCGUCACGAAUCAUAGGUAUGAGUUCCCUCCGUCGUCGCCGUUUUACGUGCCGGUGGCGGAGAUUUUUAGCCGGAGUCCGUUGAACGGCGCGAAAUGUAAGCCGUGCACGCCGUUCUGCGGCGGGUCGUGCGUUGGGUCGGUGAUGGGCGGGCUUGAGGACGGGUGGGGUUGGAGCGGUUGGGGUAAUGACACGUUGCGGCUUUGCGAUGCCAACGCGGAUUGGGAGGAGGGGUGGGAGAAGCUGUUUGAUCGAGGGGUUGGUAAGAAGCUGGCUUCGGCUAGGAAGCGGGUCAAGAGCUUGGAUUUUGGACGGUGUGUUAACGACUUUGAGGUGAUGAAAGGGAAAACCACUUCAUGGGUUGCUCCUCCCGAGGCCGAAAUUUGUAGCCUCGGGAUCAGCUGAUUUACCUUUUCGUAGUUCUUUAUCGACUAAAGUUAUAAUGCGAGUUUCAUCUAGCAGAUAGCUUUAAGUUACAAUUCACUUGAGUGUCAAGUUGUGCUCUUUGUGUUAGCUGUCAACUGACUUUUUGGUUUGAAUCGCGAUCACAACUGAUUUACCUUUUGGUGAUUCUUUAUUUAAGGUGUGU